AUGAGGCUUGCCUUCUAUCUUGAUAUCAUUAAUAGGUCAUCUAGACCUAUGUCGUCAUCUGUCGUCAUAUGCGGUCCAGACCGCUUAUCUAAGCCGGCAUCUUCCGGGCUUCUCUUCUAUCUUCUAUCAUCAAGGCCUAAAGGCCCGGGUAUCGUGUCUUUGCCGUGCAAGGUGGCAGAGGGUAUAUCGGUAGCUGGGGGCUCACGCCAUGUUACUGUAACAGCCGGGUCACAUCACACAGGUAGGACCCCUGACGUUAAUGGAGAUGGCCUAGGAGGUUCAAGAUCGGGCAGAAAGGGGAAGGCAAAUACAAUGAGUGUGAUCAAUGCCGUGGUUCGAAGCAUUACUGAGUGCGAAAAGCCCAUGUGCAUGCUCCAGGAACAGGAGGCAUACUCAAAAUUGUUCUACACAACUUGUGUUCAGCCAACUGUUAAAGGAUCUCUGGAGAAAGCUGCUCAAGAACACAGGACACUUACCAAUGGCGAACACAUCACUCUUGUGAAGAAGGAGACUGCAAUGUUAUAUGCCCAGGAGUCGCCUGAUAUCAAGGACCAAGUGAAGCAGUAUCUCGAAGACCAGAAGCAGCAGAGAAUCCAAGAUAAGCAAAUCGGACAGAGGCAAAUGUGUGGUGAUUACUCAAGAAACCUUGACAAACUUGCAGCAGUUGCUAACUCAUUCUUGAAAGGGCUGGCAGAAGCAACUGGGAUGUCGUUCUCCCUCCUUGCUGGGGGUCCGUCUCCAGAAGCACUUGGGACAAUUGAUAUCUAUAGUUUUCAUGUCAGUCAAACGAAGCUAGCUGAGGCUGGUGUAUCAAGCCCACAACAGCAAGAGGGUAGUAGUGGAACUGGUGGUGACACAAGGGAUUCGUUGUUGCACUUGGAUAUAUAUAAGUCAGGUAGUACCAGUGGUAGCAUCUCUAAUGCCUUGUCCACUGGGGAUGUAUCACUACAGUGGUCUGAUAUGCAAUCAACACAACACAAUACAUCCCUCGAUGGACUCUUCUUACAAUCUCCCAUCCUUCCAGAAUCACUCACAAUGGCGCCUUUGCCCCCAUUGCCCCCUUUGCACAGCACCUGCGAUGACUGGACGCCCCCAGACUUAGAUAUAUUUCUCUCCAAUCUGGAUGUUCAGAUGGGGUUGGAGCCGCUAGCUGGUGCAUCUGAAAUAUCUACUCUUACCAUGGUCCCACUUCCCCCUGCAUCACCAUUCACUGCUAGUACUGCCACCCUGCCUCCAGACACCAGCUCAAGCAUACUGCCCACCAUCUCUCACACCCCUCAACUGGACACUACUUCCACUCCCCCCCCAGACACCAUCUUGAACACACUGCCCACCAUCUCUCACAUCCCUCCACCAGUCACUACUUCCGGUCACCCUCCAGAUACCAGCUCAAGCACCGAGUCACUCACUGGCGAACUUCCUCUCUCUUUGACAACUCCUUCCUUUGACGCGGAUCCAUUGGCACCUACCCCAGGAAGCAACUGUCUUGAUGACAUAGACAUCAAUGAUGAACCAGUGCUUGAAACACGCAGGACCAAGCACAUCCCCAAGCCAUCAACACGCAACGACACUGCAAAUACGAUCGGCGCUUCUCAGAAGGAAAACAAGCACCCCCAGGCUGAGAUGUCUUCAGACCACGGAUCCAAGAGGGAGAAAGUGUGA